AUGUCCAAGAUUCCAGUGAUUGCCUUUCCAGAAGAUUCGGUGCUGGCCCCACUGAGGUCGCCAACUCACCCCGUGGUGAGAUAUGUGAGAGUCUUGUCAAGGACAACACUUUUGGCAACGUUAGUGAUUUUCUUCAUAGCCAAGUAUGUGAUAGGGCCGGCCUUAUCAACUACAUUAAAACGGCGAUUUGAGCUACAAAACUCGGCGUAUGUCCAAUUGAAAGCCUUGCAUAACAGAUUGAAAAAAUCGGUUAAAAACCCACCGUGUAUCAAUGUUUCGUACAACGGCAAAACACUGGUUGAUCGUACAGUUUCUUCGGAUGACAUAAUAGUGGAAGAGAUGAAGCAGUACGAUACGGAGCAAUUCAAUAAGGACAGUUUAGGAUCGUUUUAUAAACCAAAAUCCAAAUUUGAUGGAAGUGGUAAGGGGGUGAGAUUUUCGGAAGAUGCAAAAAUGGAAAGUGAUCAUUCCACAUUCAAUGAGUUGAAUUGCAAAAUAAACCAUAGCUCAUCUCGACUCACACAGAGCCUACAAACCUUGAGAGACAGGCUUAAGGAGCUAAAAGUCCCAGAAUACACACAGCUGUCAAACUCCGGAUACAGCCACGGAGAUCGUGACAUGAAUUCUUUACUAUACCAGAUCCGGCAGUUCAAGACAUACUUGGAGGUUGUGACGUCGGAUCAUCCACGAGAAAUGCUUUUCAAGAAACCUCUCUAUCAUAUCAAGGUUGGGAGGGAUGAUGACAAAGUAGUCAAAUUCAACUACCUAGAUAUAUUGAACGACAACCUAGAUUAUUUGAAAAGUGUCAUUGAUUCAAGAUGA